GAGCGCAUCUCUCUCAGACACCUGAUGAGCAUCCUCCAAACUCUUCAAACCAGAGGACAGAAGUUCACAAGAGAUAGCACUUUAUUGGAUUUUAUCGAAGCAGCUUAAACAAAAAGCCCUCUAAAUCUUGGAGAGGACCAACAAGGAACAGCAUUACUUUUUCAUUAGUAUUAUUACAGGACUUUCAGAGAUGGCACUGUCUUUUCGACGCAGGUGUUUGCUUUUGUUGUGUUUGACAGCUAUCCACAGUGGUCAUGCCGCCGUUCAGACGUGCAUGGACAAGCACCAGGUGGUUGGGGUGCUUCGUCAAAUGGAGAAGUUUCUGAAAGGUCAGGAGAUGCGAUUUACGGAGGGACUCAGGAUCAUGAAAUCAAAGUUGGCGACACUUCAGAACUCUGUCUCCAAGUUACCUCAGGCUGACCAGUCAGCUGCUCCCACCACCUGCCCCUCUCUGGAAGCCCCUGCUCACGGAACCAAGUUUGGCUCAAAGUAUUUUGUCGGACAUGAGGUCCAUUUCACUUGCUCCCAGGGCUACCAUCUUGUCGGUUCUGCCACACGUGUCUGCCGGGACAACGGCACCUGGACCGGCAUCAGUGCCAUCUGUAAAGAUAUAAGUGAAUGUGCAAGUAAUCCCUGCCAAAAUGGAGGUACCUGUGUGGAAGGUGCUAACCAGUACAAAUGCACCUGUCCCCAAAACUGGAGCGGCUCUCACUGUCAGCACCAAACGCAGACAGCACCACCUGAGUGGAGUGUCAUGAAUGAUCCAGCAUUCAGCCGGAGACCUCGCUGUGCUCAAGUGAACCGAGCCCAACACUGCAGCUGUGAUGCAGGCUUCCACAUGAGUGGCACCUCUGACAACAGUAUCUGUCAGGAUGUAAAUGAAUGUGAAGUGUACCGCCUGGACCAAGGAGGGAAGCUGUGCGUCCACGAGUGUGUGAAUGUCCCGGGCUCGUACCACUGCUCUUGCCCCAACGGCUACAAGCUGCUCCCAGACGGGCGGAGCUGUGAGGAUGUGGAUGAAUGUUUAAGCCAGCAGCACAACUGCAGCCGAGGGACAACUUGUAUCAACACGGGGGGAGGCUUUCAGUGCGUCAACCCAGAGUGUCCCCGUUCUCAUGGCAACAUCAGCUACGUCAAGACAUCGCCCUUUCAGUGUGAGAGAAACCCUUGCCCCAUGGACAGCCGCUCCUGCCACCUGGCUCCUAAGACCGUGUCCUUCCACUACCUGUCUCUGACCUCCAACCUGCAGACUCCUGCAACACUAUUCCGUAUGGCAACCGCCGCCGCCCCAGGGCGCACGGGGCCGGACAGCCUGCGCUUCGGCAUAGUGGGAGGAAACUCCAGAGGCAUCUUUGUCAUGCAGCGCUCAGACAGGCAGACUGGUGAGCUGAUACUGGUCCAGCAGCUGCGCGGGCCGCAGGAGAUCAGUGUGGAUGUGGACAUGUCUGAGUACAGCGAUCGCACCUUCCAGGCAAAGCAUGUGGCCAGGGUUAACGUCCUGGUUUCACCUUACAACUUCUGAGAGCGUGGUGGAGACGGAGGAAGACUAGAGACAGGAAGGUGAUGGAGAACGAGUGUAAUGGGCACUGAGUUUACUAAUACUGUUUCUUCAUCCCAUAUCAGAAGUUCGGUGGCCAAAUUACCAAAAGAAAAUGACAAGCCAAUAUUAAACAGUUAUAUCAUGACUUACAAUAUAUGGCAAAACACAUCAUAGAUGCUUCUUUAAGUAGUGUCAGUAUGAGCUUUGACUGAUGACUGAGUGUGUUUGAAUGCAUGAAAACUGGCUAAACAAAAAGCAUGAAUGGGUUGGGAGGGAUGGAAAGCUGUUUUUGUUGUUGCUGUCGCUUUAUGUUUGUAUGUUUAUGUUCAUCAUAAUCAUAUCUGUGUAGCUCAGGGUCCGGCCCCGGGGCUGAUGCACUGCCCUCGCUUUAUUGACGAAAAAUCCCUAUAAGACAUUAGUGCUCCCGUGGCUCUAAUUUAUUGGAAAUACUAUCGCUGGAUUUUACAUUGUAACAUACUGUACGCCACAUUUAUCUCCCAUCAUAUACUGUAUAUUUGUUUUGUUUUGUACUAGCUUGCCUCGUUUCAAGCAAUCUUCGCUAUUCUAAGGGAGCUUCUUUUUUUAACAAUAGAUGCAGUACUGUACCUGGGCAAAUUUUCUUUAUUACUCAUAUUCUGUAUGUUACCCAGAAAUCAUUAUAUUCUAAAUCAACAAUUAUUUGGCUAGCUUGCAAAUGCACUACACAACUUAUCUGGAAUUUUAGUUGUCUCUACAUAACUGAAAUAAAGUCUAACUUUUCAGUA